AUGAUAGACAUAGCCUGUUCCAUUGUUGGGAAGCUUGCAGAAUACACAGUCGAUCCAGUUUUGCGCCAAAUCAAGUACUUGUUCUUCUACAACAGUAACAUUCAGAAUUUGCAGAAUAAAGUUCAAGAACUUGAAAAUAAGAGAAAUGACGUGAGACUACUGGUUGGUGCCGCCGAAAGAAAUACUGAAAUCAUCGGGGAAGAAGUUUCGGCAUGGUUGCAAAAGGUCGAUGACUUAAAGGAAAAAGCUCACGAAAUUUUCAACAGUGUAGCAGGUUCUGAAAUGCGGUGUCUAUUCAAUAGAUGUCCAAAUUUGAAGUCUCGUUACUUAUUAAGCAGGAGAGCCACAAAGAAGACUAUUGAGGCUGAUAAACUCAAAGGGGAAGGUACAUUUGAGAGGGUGGGCUAUCCUCGACCGCCGGUGCAGAUGUUGAACCUAACUUCCCACGAGGGUUUCGAAACAAGGUUAUCAACUAAGAAGAAAAUCAAGGAAGCUCUAAAGGACAAAGAUAUCGGCAUAAUUGGGAUCUGUGGCAUGCCUGGAGUUGGUAAGACAACAAUGGCAAUGGAAAUAGCCAAAGAAGCCAAAGAUGAGAAAUUCUUUGAGGAGGUUGCAUUUGCAGUUGUAUCUAACGAUCCAGACAUAAACAAAAUUCAAGAUCAACUCGCUGAAGCGCUUGACGAUGUGUGGACAGAAAUUGAUUUGGGAACUAUAGGAAUUCCAUCUCCACGUGAUCGCAGAGGGUUGAAAAUUAUGUUUACAACGCGAAUUGAAGAAACGUGUAUUACAAUGGAAGCCCAAAGGACAUUCGAAAUCAAAGUUUUGGAUGAAAAAGAAGCAUGGCAACUUUUCAAGGAUAAGGCAGGGAUUUCUGAUGAUGAUACUGAUGCCGAAUUCAUAAGCAUAGCCAAAGCAGUUGCACAUGAAUGUGGAUGUCUACCUCUUGCACUAGUGGCUGCUGGCAUAGCACUGAAAAACACAUGA